AUGUCUGACGCCAACAAGAACCCUGGAGCGUCGCUCCAGGAGGAUGACUUUGAGUUCAUUCACACGCCUGCUGCCCCCAGUCCAGCUCCCGAAACGCAGAACUACGGUGUGCGGACGACCUCUUACCCUGCAAUCAAGAACGCGCCGCUUCCCGCCGAUGGACCCGGUGCUGAGAGCUUCAGCAAUGUCAUUCUCUUCACCCUCCUCGCCGCCGUCCCAGGCUACUUUGCCUACCAAGUMAAUGGCGGACUCUUCGUCUGGCUGUUCUUCGCCAUCCUCACCGCUAUCCCCAUCUUGAUGGCUUUCUGGACAAUCGCGUCCAGCAUGUCCCCUCGUAUCAACGAAAAGGCUCGUUUCCCCGGUGCUCCCGUCGAGCACUACCUCGAGUUCAAGAACGAGGCCGACAAGCGCAAAUACCGUGGCAAGAACAGGAUCCCCAUGGAGACAUUCCACGAGAUGUACUUUGCCGGUGAUGUCAACUUCAAGGGCGACUGUCUCGAAGCGAUGGAGUACCGUCACGACUGGGCCAACUUCCGCUUCACCCUCUCCCUCUUCUGGUUCUUCCUCACCGGCAUGAUGCCUGAGGUCAUCAUGCACACUCGUUCUCAAGACGAGGAGCAAGUCCGUGACCACUACGACCGCGGCGAUGACUUCUACGGCUGGUUCCUCGGUCCUCGCAUGAUCUACACUUCCGGUAUUAUUUCCGACAUCAACAAGGAGGAGUCCCUCGAGCAGCUGCAAGACAACAAGCUCUCCAUUGUCUGUGAAAAGAUUGGCUUGAAAGAGGGCGAGAAAAUGCUGGAUAUCGGCUGUGGCUGGGGCACUCUUGCCAAGUUCGCUUCGGUCAACUACGGCGCCAAUGCCACCGGUGUGACACUCGGCCGCAACCAGACUGCGUGGGGCAACAGUGGCCUCCGCAAGGCUGGCGUACCAGAGGAGCAGUCUCGGAUCUUGUGCAUGGACUACCGCGAUAUUCCCGUCCCGUCCGGAGGUUACGACAAGAUCACUUGCUUGGAGAUGGCCGAGCACGUCGGUGUGCGAUACUUUGGAACUUUCUUGAAGCAGGUCUACGAUAUGCUUGAGGAUGAUGGUGUCUUCUUCCUUCAAAUUGCUGGAUUGAGAAAGAGCUGGCAGUACGAGGACCUCAUCUGGGGUCUUUUCAUGAACAAGUAUAUCUUCCCUGGUGCUGAUGCCUCGACACCCCUGGGUUUCUUCAUUGAUAAGCUCGAGGGUGCAGGAUUCGAGGUCAAGGCUGUUGACACCGUUGGUGUGCACUACUCCGCAACUUUGUGGAGGUGGUACCGAAACUGGAUGGCAAACAAGGACAAGGUUGUCGCCAAGUAUGGUGACCGCUGGUUCAGGAUUUGGGAAUUCUUCCUUGCCUACAGCACCAUCAUCUCUCGCCAGGGUUCAGCCACUUGCUACCAGAUUACGCUCGUCAAGAACAUCAACUCUACCCACCGUAUCGAGGGAAUUCACAAUGCUCACGGUCUCAGCGGAGCGUUGAAUGCCAGCAAGGAGAAGGGCAAGCACGCUUUCCCUGGCAGCAAGCAGUAG